CAUCAGUACACGUUUACAGAGCUGGUUGAGUUGCUGGUAAGUAAUCACGUACCAGAGAAUGUAGGACGCCUUGCCAGUGGCCGAGAACAUGAAGCCAAAGUUGACCUUAACACGGUCCGCUACCGACGGGAAGCGCUCGUGGUUCUCAAUGAACGCCAGUCCUGCACUCAGAAACCUGUACAUGGAAUAAAACAGCACCACAGUCUAUCAGCGACGGUCCUUGCGCGACAGUAGUCAGCCGACGGACGUACAUGAGGUAGAUACACACAAGGAAGUGCGAGUAGCUGGGCGCCUGGAACAUGCGGAAGAAGCACAAGACCCACAGACCCCCAGCGAAGACCAAGUUCACAAGCCGCAUGUAGCCAUUAAUGCGCUUAAUGUCUGUGCCCGAGAUGCGGCGCUCCAGCUCGUCCGUGCGCUCCUUAAUAGCCGGCGGCAUCUGCACCUGUGAGAUCUGAGUUUUGAACUGCGUCGAGAUCUGACGAAGCAUCUCCGAGGCGGGGACCGAGGCCGAGCCAGUGGUAGUGCCUUCUCCAGCUGCGGCGGGGGCCGCAGCUGCAGGCGGAACGGGGGCAGCAGGGCGCGCGGCAGUCGUGGAGCCCGACGCUUCCAUCAUGUUGUUGAGCAGUUUCUUUAUGGGUCCGCAGGACUCUUGGGUUCGUGACUUGCUUUUUGACAGCUCCUUACAAACCGCUAUAUGCGGGAUGAUCCGUUGGGAUUUUCUAAGAAAGUCUGGUCGUGGAAAACAGAGCUCGAGCUUCCCAGCAAAGGUGACAUGGCUACAGUUUCAUCUUUUAUUUCGGUUUCAGCCAAUCCAAACCGUUAUACUGAUUUGGAACAAUAUGGUUGGUCAGAAAUAAAACCAGGUAACGGCCGACGCUUUGUAAAUCAAAACUUUUGAUUUAAAGAUGGACGAGACCGUCAAGAAGUCCAUCGCCGCCUCCGUUGGAGCAGUCAUCACGUCCUUCGUGAUCACACGUAAGACACACCAAACAGACUGGAGGCGGCAGUGAUCCUCCUGUAACUUUAGCACUUUACUGAGGACAGAAUGCUGCGUGUUAUUGAUGAUACAGCGCUGGAGGUGGUGAAGACGCGCUUGCAGGUGCAAGCGCCCACUGUGGUCCACGCAUCGCCGGCUGUGCAAAAGGUAGAUUUAUCAGAAGUUACUCUGUUUACCAGGUCUCAAACUGGAAUUUAGUGCUGGCAAUUGGCAUUUGCUAACCGUGCUGGUAAAUGAUAUUGUGGCAGUGCCCUUACUACAACUUCUCCAAUGGAUUGAUCGAUACAAUGCUGCCCAAACAGCGGCUGCUCAAGCAGUGCAAGUGCUCACCGCAGCAAAUUUGCGCACCGCCCAAACCUGAUAGCACUCUGUUCACAAUGGCUCGCAUCGUGCGUCUGGAGGGCCCACUGGCAUUGUACGCCGGAUUGCCGCCAACGCUGCUGACUGCUAUUCCGUCGACGGCAGUGUACUUCACAUCGUACGAAAUGCUGCUCAAACGACUGAAGACAGCUUUUCCUGAGCAAAACCACGGACUUCUGGCUAUGGCAUCAGGCAGCAUGGCACGUGCAGCCGCCGCCACGAUCUUCUCUCCUUUCGAGCUGAUUCGCGUCCAGAUGCAAGCUGUCGCCAACGCGCAUCCGUUCGCGACGUACAUGCGGCGAGUAUGGCAAGGUGGGGCUCGUCAGCUGUUUGCUGGUCUUGGCGCCACCCUUGCUAGGGAUAUUCCGUUCUCUGCCUUCUACUGGUAUGGUAUUGAGACGUCUAAGGAGUAUCUGAUGGACCGGGUGCCCAUUGCAGACGCCCAGACAAAGAAGGUCUCAGUUGCCUUAAUCUCGGGCGUACUGGCGGGUGUGUUGGCCACAAUUUCCACACAUCCAUUCGACGUGGUCAAGACGCGGUCGCAGCUGGUCGUGUACACUAAAGAUAUGGCUCCAGCGCCAUCGUUUACACAGCUGUUGCAGCAGGUGUGGGAGGCGGAAGGAGCUCGGGGCAUGACGGCCGGGUUGGUGCCUCGCGUUGUGAAAGUCGCACCCGCGUGCGCCAUCAUGAUUUCCUCGUAUGAGGCAACUAAGCAGGCCUUCAACGUGGAUUAAGACCAAUAGAGUAGACUCAUCCAUUGGCGUUCUCGUCAACGAAGCGGAGCGUUGGCGGGGCACCCACAAGCGUCAUGGACAGGUGACGCGGUUGUAAGCCAUAAUUUUGCCCCAGAUUUGCUCGUCAAGGAAGUCGUCUUGCACCACCAUUCUGAGGCCAAGUACGG